UUUUCAUGUCCCCAUUGUCCAGCGCCCCCAGUGCUGUCAUUACGCUUUCAAUUAGGGUAUGUGCAGAGACGAAGUGAUAUUCUGCUCCGCUUGUCUCAGCAACACUCAACUAUAGUCAAGUCGCCAUAUUACCGGGGAUUCAUUUAAACUCCGACGUUGAUUACCCACAUUUGGCUGUCGGACUUUCUCGUCAGGGAUACCUCUUCCAAUAGCGCAUGCCAUCUCCUCCCAAGGCCGGUCACCCGACGUGUUCGCAAAGUAAUCCCAGGCACUGUUGGCAUCCGGCAGUUCAGUUGGGCGGUACUCGUUUAUGGCGACCUCUUCCUCGAACAGACGACGGAGCAGCGCUGGCGCCGGGUUGCCCACUGGUCCUACCUCGACGUCUCAACCAACACAACUAAACCCAACUGGAGUAUCUUCCGCCAUCAACUUACAUCCGCAAUCGGCUUCCCCUGCGAGCGCAGACAGUGCUCCCAUCCAACAAUCCCCUACCAACUUAGUGCAAAAGAGUUCUUUUGCUUCUAACUCAACGAAUUCCAAGUCUUCUCUUGGAGCCUCAGAUCCACUCGGAAUCCCACUUAACCACGUUCCUGCCUCCCGGAGUACCAUUGCCUCCCGGCUUAAAGGUGCUGACAGGGCAGGGGUAAAUUCAAGUCUCAUGAGCAGCGGCUCAAAUAUCGGCAGUGGAGGAAGUAGUAUGCCCCGACCCGCAGCUGGCCAGCCGAUUAGGGGGAAGCAUGAUGUUGGGGAGUCAGGCUGGAGACGGAGCGGCGUCCCUUACCCCAGGGAUAACACGCCCGCGACUUCAUCCAAUAACCUUGAGUUUCCGGGAGCGGGAAAUGGAGGCGGAGUAUGAGCGGUUUUUUCUCGAGAAGCAUCAGUUUGCAUGGAGAAGGACAAUGUAUCUGCUUUUCUCCGCGGGUACCUGCUUAUAUGCAUAUGUUAUGAUUCGGAGUCCUACGGAUGGAGAAAACUGGGAGCACAAUUAUUCGAGGGAAGCCAAAGGGAGCAUAAUGGAGAAGGAAAUCGGUGCUGCAUGCCCACCUGGGUGGUUUUGCAUGCAAUGUGAUCCCGACUACAUCUGCAAUGCUUACCACCUCAGUUGGGAUCUCGCUUUCUGGAUUUGUAGUAUUCUCAUGCCCUGCUUACUCCUCGUAAUCGCUUCGUACCGACUCCGUCCUGUGCAGCUUGCACGCUUCAUUCACCUCCUUUCGUCCAUAUUCAUCCUGGCCUACGCAGGCCUAGGUCUUAUAGUACGCUACGAAGUUGUGGAACCUAUGACACCAGUAUUUCAACCUGCCCUCAUUUGCAUUAUGUUGAUUUUCGUCUCGUGCAUGUUCAUGCGACUCCGCUUCAUUUACACCGUCGUGAGCAUCAGUAUUAUCGUAGUGCUGUUUUUUGCGAUUUACGCCCCGCAUGUAGCGAAUGAUCCCGUAUUAUCCCCUUCGACUGCAAAGACCUAUGUGAUGUCGGUGCUCGCUUUGCUAGUCUCCGGAGUUGUCGCUAGCUUCAAUACCUACGAGACUGAAGUUUUCAAUCGAGCCCAGUUUUUGGCUUCGUACACAUUGCAAAAGACGAAUGCGAAGCUGACGAAUCAGCUAAAAGUCCUACAAAAAGCCUACGGAAACAAAGUAGCAGAUUUGGAUUCGCCAUUAGAAAAGAGUGUCAUGUUAUUGAGGAGCAUGAUGGCGGAUCCUUCCAACAGCCCAGCUCAUUUGGUCACCAUUGGACAAAUUCUUACCCUGCUGGCUUCUAGCAAUUUACUGGCGCCCGACUUGGAGAACCAGGUUGGCGAGCUUUUGGACAACGAACAAGAGCAAUGGCUGUUCACAGAGAUUGCACCACGUCGAAAAACUCGCAAUCGGUUGGCCAGUCGCCGUCGCUCUAUUACUGCCGAUAUCUCGGCCAAGAUUGACAUGCCAAUCGCAGAGUCGGUGUCCAACGCCAAUAUCAUGGCCUCCUCCUCCCAAUCAAACGCCAAAGGUCUUGACACCAUUUCACGGGACACCGCCAGUGUAGAGCGUGUCAGCAGCGGAACAAACAUGGAAAAGGCAGAGAGUGCCAAUGCAAUCGUGGAGAGGAUCAAACAGAGUCGAUCGAGUGUUGCAUCUGCUGCUGAGCGGGAAAAGAGUUCCUCUUCACCGGUUCUUAUAGCCCCCGCGGGAGCCUUUUUGCCAGUAAACGACGACUACUUCAAUCCAUCCCCAGAAGUAGCAUUGCUGUUGGCCAAAUCAACCGAGUUCAACUGGCCCAUUUUUGACUUUUUGGAUGCUACCAAAGGAAAACCACUGAGUGUGCUCAGCUUUUACCUCUUCAAGAGAGCCGAUCUCUUCAGUGCGUUCAAUAUUCCGGUAGACAUUUUCAGAAACUUUAUUUCAGCAAUUGAAAAUGGGUACCGCACGGAUUUGCCAUAUCAUAACUCGAUUCACGCCAGUGACGUACUCCAAUGCACCAACUAUUUCCUUUUCAGCAACGAUAACAUAUCUAAAGUUGCUGGCGAUAUCGACCUACUCUCUAUAUACGUGGCGGCGAUCAUACAUGACCAUGAUCACCCAGGCUUUAAUAAUAAUUUCCUUGUUAACACAUACGACACUAAAGCUAUCAUGUACAAUGACCGGUCGGUGCUGGAAAACCAUCAUUUGGCCUCUGCAUUCUCGGUCAUGAACAAGCCGGAGAACAAUUUCCUAUGCAAUCUGAGCAAGAGCGACUUUAGGAGUGUCAGAGAGGCGAUCAUUGAGAUGGUGCUGGCAACUGAUCUCUCCCAACACUUUCCCCUGAUUUCUAUGUUCAAGUCAAAAGUCAGCUCCAAUUUUGAUCCAUACGAAACCCGAGAAGACCGCAUGCUUCUUUGGAAAAUCCUUAUUAAAUGUGCCGAUGUGUCAAAUCCUACAAAAUCAUGGACACUGUACGAACGCUGGUGCCGACUCAUCCUUGAGGAAUUCUUCCGUCAAGGCGAUCUUGAAAAGCGGAUGGGUUUGCAAGUGUCGCCUUACAUGGAUCGUGACAAUUUAAAUAUUCCGAGCAGCCAGAGCGGCUUUAUCGAGUUUGUAGUGUUGCCACUAUUCGAAGCCUAUGAUAAGUGGGCCCCCAUACCUCCAAUAAUGGUGGAGUUGCAACGUAACAGGGAAUUUUGGAUAAUGCUUAAAUCUCAAGGGGUAACUACAACCAUACCCGCUUCUGGGCCGUCAGGAUCUCUUCCAAUGUUGGGAGUACCUCCGCAAACCGCGCCUCCACCCGCACAGCAGCUUCCUCCCCAGCCUCAUGGAAAUAACAUACCCCCAGGUCCUCAGCAAGUAUAAAAGAAAACGACGACCGCGUGUGAGACGAGCACUUUGAAGUGUGCUGAAGACAAGGGGAAGGCAAUGGCCGCAAUAUAUUUCUAUGUAUAGAGCUACCGGCUGGGACAUUAGGAUCCGGCUCUCCCUUUUUUUGUUCACGGCUACAAAAGAUACCAGAAAGGACGCUGUACUAGUUUUGCAUGACAAAAACUAUUUACC